CUGGAUGCUGGUGAAUCUUUAUCUCCAGAAAUCCAGGGAGAAAUGGCUCAAAACAAUCAACAUGCUGCUCUUGAAAGAUUUGUCCAUGAUGGCAUUGUACCCACGGGACUCCCUUCCGUUGCCACCUGUCCAACCUCAGGAAUACAGAAACGCCGUAGGUGACACUGAAAGAAAUACAAUCAGACACACAAAGACUUUUCACGACAACAUCGGCCGAUGGGUGAGCCCCGGAAAUCGGGUGUCUCCCCGAUCAGUCUCUUGCUGGUCAUUUUAUUCAUUCAGUCGUUUACAUGGUACUUUUUCAGGCUCAGCUCUGUUUUACACGUGUGAUCUUUCACAUAAUUUUAUCUCAUGUCUUCUUUUUUCACAUUUCACCAUCAGAUGUUUCCCGUUUUUUCCCUUUUGUCAGUGUCGCCUCGACCUUAAUCUCUCGUGCAUGCAAAAAGUACUCUUCUCCACUUUUCUGCUCUUAAACACAUGUGUCAACACACUUUGUUUUGUAAUCUGGAUUACACAUUUUCUGCAAGCACAGAAUAAGUAUUUUUGCAAGCAACGGUUGCAGCGACCCAUUUACUCAAUCAUUGCAUAGCCUCUAGCCUACUAAUGCCUUUAAGUUUAAUGCACCUACUUUAACUCCACAAGCUGUUUUGGCAAAAGGAUAUUUAAAAGUCUUUUUUAACAGUGAGGGUCUCUCCGGAUUCCCCCUCAUAUCCCCAAAUGCUCAUACGCUGCAGAUCAAUUCCCGCUGAAGCUCACAUAGGUUCCUUUCAGUUAGCACAGGCUAUAGUGGAGGACUCACUCUGUCUGUUGUUUUUUUCUUUCCACUCACCAUGCCGUGGGACCUGGGAUGUGCCAAAAAGUGAAUCUCGAGAACAUUUACGCCAGUGUGGAGGGCAGAUCUUCGGGAAUUUACUUGCCCAUGCGUAGCCCCAUGAGCCUCUCUUCUGGGACUCUGCCUUCAGCUGGGAAGACGACUCUGUAUAGGAUAACAACGCUGGUGUUCUUCUCUCUGUGGAUCAUCACCCUGAUUGCGCUCAUCACUACACUUAUAUUCCGCUAUCAACACACCCCACAGCUGGAGAGUGGAGCAGAGUCCUCGGAGACGAAUGCCAAGCCUGGCGAAUCACAAAAUCUGUGCAAAUGUGUGAAGAAGGAAAAAGAUUGCGCAAUGAAGAUUUCUGAGUUACAGAUGCAGCUGACUAACCUGGAUCAUUUUUACUCCACCGAGAUGAUGUAUGUACCCAGUAAUACCAGUCAGGCCAAGAUGUCAGAGAUGUCAAGAUACGAAGGCAUUAUUCUUGCGCCAGUGUGGAGAUGGAUUCGCAAAGUAGCAGAUGAUGUGAUUCUGGACCCUGACACGGCACACCCCAAACUGGUCAUCUCUAAGAAUGGGAAACAAGUGAGGCUGGGAAGCAAACUCCAGAACAUAUCUGACCUCCCACAGAGGUUUAAUUACGUGGUGAACGUCCUGGCCAAGGACGGCUUCCGCUCAGGUCGCCAUUACUGGGAGGUGGACGUCAGAGGCAAAACGGACUGGACUUUAGGAGUGGCCUGUUCCUCUGUAUACAGAAAGGGGAAUUUGGUCCUGCGGCCUCGGGCUGGAUACUGGACCAUCUUCAUGAAGGACAGAGAGUGCAAGGUGAACUGCGACCCUGUUCUGCCCCUUGCCUUGAAGGACCCUCAGAAGGUGGGGGUGUAUGUGGACUACGAGCAGGGACAGGUCUCCUUUUACAGCGUGGAGGACAGGUCUCACAUCUACUCCUUCACCGGGUACAACUUCACAAAGGAUCUCUAUCCAUUGUUUAGACCUGGUCUCAGUGAUAACGGCAACAAUGCAGCAUCGCUGGUCAUCACUCCCGUCAGCAUUCAGUAGAAAUGAAAAUCAUCACCGCAGGUUCUGCUUGUAAUAUUUUCAAGAUUUUAAAAUGGUUUUGCGGAGUGGUAGGAAACUGCAGAUUAAGCCAUUUCUCAUUAUGCCAUUUUAUCUUGAGAAUUGUUGUUAUCCUUUUUAUUUUGUAUUUCUCCACAUGGCAACUGGGUCUAAACGCAGUCUUUGUUUUCGACAUUGAACACAGUACAGGCAGUUCCCGAGUUACGAUGGUCCGACUUCCGAUUUUUCGACCUUGCGAUGGAGCGAUACGCAUUCAGUGGAAACUGUACUUUAAGUUUUUAAUUUUGAUUUUUUCCCGGGCAAGCGAUAUGCGAUAUGAUACUCUCUGGUGAUGCUGGGCAGUCGGGCAGCAGCCCGCAUCUCCCUGUCUGUCACGCGGUCGCUAAUGUAUACAACUGGUAUUCUACAGUGUUGCCAGCAUUUUUUUUGAUACCCCCUCCGUAUCGACAUUGUGUUUUGUGCA